AUUUGAUAUUAUUUGUUUAGACUUUUUUUCCUCAGCAUCGCUUGGAUUUUCCUUCUGUAGCUCCGAGAGACGUCGUGUUCCAGAUGGAGGAUGAAGACCCUCUGCCGGGAUGACGCGAACUGUACGACCCCUGGAACGACACAGGAAGACGGAGACAGGACACGACAUCAGUUCUCUCCAAGCAGCUCGUCCCCUGUGAGGACUCGGUCUCCUCCAAGCAGCUCGUCCCCUGUGAGGACUCAGUCUCCCCCAAGCAGCUCGUCCCCUGUGAGGACUCAGUCUCCUCCAAGCAGCUCGUCUCCUACCAGUCAUGAGCCUCACAUAGAGAUAAAUACAGAGCACAUAGUGUUUGAACAGCUUCAUGUUAUAGGUUAAAAAGGGGAUUUCUGUCCAACACCAGGGGAUCAGGAGGAGAAGGAAAACGAUGAAGAGAUCAAGAGGAAGAAGAUGAAGAGAAGAUGUUAUGGACUCGUCUCUGAGCAACAGUUUAAAGUCUCAUAUUACUCGUUCCUGUUCAGUGUCUCACCUCAGGUCUGGGGAUAUCAAAGAUUCCUGUAGAUGAUGUGUUGUGUAUACAGUAGAACAUCAGCUGUAGGAGAACCAGGGAAUAAUUGACUAAACAAGGAUUUGAAUAUUAAGAUUUAGCAGAAAGGAGGAAGUUGUUU